AUGUCAAACGAACUCACCCCGAAACAACACGACUUCCGCGAGCCACUCAAGCAAUUUGAUGAGGUUGCUCACAAGAACCAUUACACGAACCCCGCAACCAACCAUUCAGAAUCGGAACUGAAAAUUUCCUCCUACCUUCCGCCUACUUUGGCGCGUAAUGAGCGCCAGCGCCUUACCAUGCUAUGGUAUCUGACAAAGGAGGUAAUGGAUGACGCCGAGCUGCUUCAGAGACUACAGGACAUCAUCGGAUUGAUCCGCUGCGAAACGGAUGAUGGACAAUGCUUUGCGUUGGGUUCGCUAUUCGCGGCCACACAUUCCGAGGCAGCCAGGUUGGACCGAGGACAGCAAGAAGUCCUCAUCAAGUUCGCCGAGCUCAUAAGCGCCGAGAUUGUCAACAGAUCAAGAAACCGCCGCCAACGCCAGCGCCAGAUCAUGGCCGAUAUACUUGCUAAAACCAGGAAGCAAUCGACUCCAGAGAAUGCAGAGCGUCUCAUCGAAACGGUGCUCCGGAAGAUCUACCCACGUGCCUAUAUCGCCUUGCAGGAGUCCAAGACUGGCAUGGUUCAGUUAGAGAACAGACCGCCCAUCCUGGCAUCUAGUGCUCAAAAUGGACUUUGGGAAGAUUUGGAGUUGCUGGAAUCCCUGAUUCUCACGAAAAAUCACUCCUAUCUCACCUCAUCGCAGACAAUCCGGGCAAUCAUCGCGCCUUGUCGCAAGCAGCUGGUACCUCAAUUCUUGCUGGUUGCAUCCAAGGAUGUUCAUUCAGUUUUUGACGAUGUCGACUCUUGGUUUGUGGAGUCAUGCGCUACUAUUCUGCUCAACGCAGAUCAAGAACGUCGCGUUGCGAAAGCGCUAGAGGCGAGAAACAUCUUUCUCCAAGGGAUCACGCACCAGCUUCGAACUCCAAUCCAUGGAAUCCUGACCUCAACUGAGCUUCUUACUGAGGAGCUGUUUCUAGGCCGUGCACGCGCCCUCUCUUCCAACGACGAUGGACGGCAUAAACUCUGGGAUCCUGCCACCGCUCGAAGUAUUAGAGCGUAUCUGGAAGCAAUUACCAACUCUGGCAGCGAAUUGAUGUCUACCGUGAACAAUAUCAUCAUGCUCAAUCGCUGGACAGAGCAAAGAAGGCCAUUGAGACUGGUAUCACUUCAUGAGCUGGACCAACUCGAGGAGGAGAUCGUACGAGGCAUCUCCCAGGUGCUUCCUGAGUACGAAUUGGUUUCGAAAUCCGUAUUCUUCGAUAACAGACUUCCUGUCGACUCGCUGGUCUUGAAUGCCGUCCAGUCAGUCCAAAACGGCAGCGUGGUAGUGAGCAUCUCCGCAGCUAAGGGAUUCUCGAAGCUCAGAUUCGACAUUAUCGAUAAUGGCUGUGGCAUGAGCACUGCUACCCAACGACGCAUAUUCGAAGCAUUCGAGAAGGGCGAUCCACACACCCGUGGUGCUGGCCUUGGUCUCACCGUAGCUUCCAAGAUCGCAAGAUUGAUGAACGGUACCGUCCGCCUGAUCUCAUCGGAGGUUGGCCAUGGCACGCACUUUCGCGUUGAGUUCGAUGACCCAGGAUUUGGUUGUCAGUUUGGCCCACGCCCCUCUGCCCAAACCAUGUUCAAGGACAUACCCCGCAAAUACUAUGAGGUGCCUAACAAAGGAGGGCCUUCCGAUCUGGUUCAGCAUUUCACGAAAUGCAUCGAGAAUCAAGGCUUCAGUAGAUCGCAUACCUCACGCGGAUCGCUCAACAUCGUCAGCUUUACCAGCGACGAGAAGCAUUUCCAUCAGAGCCUCGAGAAGCUUGACCCGUCUACUGUAUCAGUCUGCCUUGUUCCCUCUCUCACGACGAGGCUAUUAGUGAGCGAGCGAUCACCCAACUGCAAUGUCUUGUUCUUCGAAGGUCCUUUUUUCUCUGCUCGGCUAAGGGGCAUUCUGGAAGAGUUGAAUGGAGUUUACGAGAACCUGAAGCCAUGGUCAGAAAGACUUCUCCAAGGUUCACCAGGGCCUUGUAACCAGCGUUUGAGGAGGAGAUCCAACCAAAUGUCCUCGUGCGAUCUACGCUCCGUCAACGCUCUCCUGGUCGAUGAUAAUGCCAUCAAUCUGCGGAUACUUAAGCUCUAUUGUGAGAAAAGAUCCAUUCCUUAUUCGACGGCCGUGGAUGGGCAUGAAGCGGGAGCACUGUAUCGCGAGCGGCUACAUAAGCAGCCAUUCGACCUCAUCCUCACCGACCUUCAGAUGCCAAAAUGCGACGGUGUAGAGCUUACAAAGCAAAUCCGAGAAACCGAAAAGAAUCUAUCUCUCUCCCGAGCGGUUAUUUUCAUUGGAUUCUUGGAAGGAUAG